AUGAUGGAUCAAAACAAUUACAGUUCUUUACAUGGCUUUAUUCUGCUUGGCUUCUCUGACCAUCCCAAACUGGAGAUGAUCUUGUCAGGAAUUGUCACCAUCUUCUACUGCAUUACCUUAGUGGGUAACACAGCUAUCAUUCUUGCAUCUUUCCUGGAUUCACACCUACACACACCGAUGUACUUUUUCCUCGGGAAUUUGUCUUUCCUAGAUCUAUGUUUCACAACUAGCAUCAUCCCUCAGAUGCUGGUUAACUUGUGGGGACCUGAGAAGACCAUAAGCUAUGUGGGUUGUGUCAUUCAACUCUAUGUUUAUAUGUGGUUGGGCUCCAUUGAGUGUCUUCUCUUGGCUGUUAUGUCCUAUGAUCGAUUUACAGCUAUUUGUAAACCCUUGCAUUAUCUGGUAAUCAUGAAUCCACAUUUAUGUCUCAAAAUGAUUAUUAUGGUCUGGAGUAUUAGUUUUGCCAAUUCUGUAGUAUUGUGUACACUCACUGUGAAUUUGCCUAGAUGUGGAAACAACCUUCUGGAUCAUUUCUUGUGUGAGUUGCCAGCUAUGGUGAAGAUAGCUUGUGUAGACACUACAGCAGUUGAACUGUCUGUUUUUACUUUAGGCAUUGCCUUUGUCCUUACACCCCUCAUUCUUAUUUUUACAUCCUAUGGCUACAUUGCCAAAGCUGUGCUGAGAAUGAAGUCAAAGGCGGGACAACGAAAAGCAAUGAACACCUGUGGAUCUCAUCUCACUGUGGUGUCAAUAUUCUAUGGAGCUAUUAUCUACUUGUACCUGCAACCAGGUAACAGUGCUUCCAGGGACCAGGGCAAGUUCCUCACCCUCUUCUACACCAUCAUCACCCCAAGUCUCAACCCCCUCAUUUACACCUUAAGGAAUAAGGACAUGAAGGAUGCACUGAAGAAGCUGAUGGAAGUUCACAAGGAAUCUGCAAAAGUGAGAAGGAACUGGAAGUCAUAG